AAAUCAAUUAACUAGGCACCAAAAAAAAAAUAAAAAAUUGCUUCAGACACCUUAAAAUUGCAAUGUUUAGAGUUGUUCCCUUCACUACUACUGUACACCCUUAUGCAAUCAUACCUCCAAGGUACCAGCUAAGCUGAGGGUCUAUUUGAAACAGCCUCUCUACCUUGUGAUGAGAGGUAGAGGUAAGGUUGGUUUUGAAAAUGUCUGCAACAGCCACCAAGAGUGCAGGAAAAACAGUGGAGUCAUUAGUAGUGAAGCCACCAGCACACCCCACAUAUGAUUUAAAGGUUGUUAUUCAGCUUGCCCUGUCUGAAGAUGCUGGGGAUUUAGGAGACGUGUCUUGUAAGGCGACAAUUCCUGUUGACUUGGAAUCUGAAGCUUAUUUUCUAGCAAAGGAAGAUGGGAUUGUAGCAGGAAUUGCACUUGCUGAGAUGAUAUUCGCAGAAGUUGAUCCUUCACUAAAGGUGGAAUGGUAUAUAAAGGAUGGUGAUAAAGUUCAUAAAGGCUUGAAAUUUGGCAAAGUGCAAGGAAAGGCUCACAGCAUUGUUAUAGCUGAGAGGGUUGUUCUCAAUUUUAUGCAAAGAAUGAGUGGAAUAGCUACACUAAGUAAGGCAAUGGCAGAUGCUGCACAUCCUGCUUACAUCUUGGAAACUAGGAAAACUGCUCCGGGAUUGCGUUUGGUGGAUAAAUGGGCGGUAUUGAUUGGCGGGGGGAAGAAUCAUAGAAUGGGCUUAUUCGAUAUGGUAAUGAUAAAAGACAAUCACAUAUCUGCUGCUGGCGGUGUCAACAAAGCUCUAAAAUCAGUGGAUGAGUAUUUGGAGCAAAAUAAACUUCAAAUGGGGGUUGAGGUUGAAACCAGGACGCUUGCAGAAGUACAUGAGGUUUUAGAAUAUGCAUCUCAAACAAAGACUUCACUGACUAGGAUAAUGCUGGACAAUAUGGUUAUUCCAUUAUCUAACGGGGAUGUUGAGGUAUCCAUGCUUAAGGAGGCUGUAGAUUUGAUCGAUGGGAGGUUUGAGACAGAGGCUUCAGGAAAUGUUACCCUUGAAACGGUGCACUCAAUUGGACAAACUGGCGUUACCUACGUUUCUAGCGGUGCCCUAACGCAUUCUGUGAAAGCACUUGACAUUUCCCUGAAAAUCGAUACAGAGCUAGCCCUUGAAGUUGGACGACGUACAAAACGAGCAUGACCAACAUUUAUACUUUGUUGUAGUCUCAAUAGAGUAGAAGCAGCAGUUUAGCACAAAGUGACCACCUUUUGACCAGCCAAAGGGAUGAAAGUUUCUGGAAUAUUUUGUUUGGCUUUAUUCCAAUGCAACUGCUUGAAUUGAAUUUGAUACAAUGAAAUAAACUUGAUUUUAAAA